CUAACCUCACUCACAUUCUCACUCCUAGCUUCUGCUGUUCCUUCCCUCUCUCGUGCGUUUCAACUUUCUUUCGCUGCUUCAGCAUGAUCGUUUUCUUUAUCGAUUUUAGAACCUAGGGUUUUUCUUCUUCCUAAUCUUUUUUUAUUUAUUUUUAUUUGUUCUACUGUUGCAUUUUGCAAUUUGUUACACUCAUCCACCCGCGGCCACGGUGAUUGAUGAAUGGGGGAGAGAAGGGUGUUAUGUUUAAACCCUGAAUGGUUAUGAUUGUUUGGUAUAUGUUAUCAUUAGCAAUUACACACUCCUUUGAUUUGUGUUUUUUUUUUUUUUGUUUCUUUGGGUAGUGUGAGUGGAAAGCAAGGCUCUGGGAUGAAGAGGGGUAGGUCAUCGUAUUCCGACGGGGAAGAGGAGUACGAGUCUGACAUUCAGUCAAUCUCUGUGUCAAAUUACCAUCUUGUAGACGAUGAGGACAAUCCUGUGUCUUUUGCUGUGUUGCCAAUUCAAUGGAAUGAUUCUGAGAACUCUGGUGACUGCAAAGAGAAGGUGUUUCUGUACGGGGAUGCCGAUAGUGGGCUGUUGAAGACUUUCGUGCAAGUGACGGCGUGGCGAUUUGAUCUUUCCAAUGUCAGACCCGAGGUAUUCUUGCUGUCAAAGGAUGGAAGGUGGAUCAACCUUCAGAAGCCUAGAAAGAGUUUUCAAGAAGAAGUAAGGACUGUUUUGGUCACCCUUCACUUCCUCCAUAGUGUGAAGAGACGGCAUCAAAUGUCUGUGGGAUCUUUCUGGCAAGACUUCAGCAAGGAUAAGGAGUUAAUUUCUUACGGUGUUAAGCCCUCAAAACAUGAUUUAUCGGACCACAUGCUUUUGAUUGGCGAAGCUUCCAAAAGGGAUGCUGUCUUAGCAAAGUCCAAGCUUUUGCUCGUGGUUUUGGGGAAACUGAAGAGUCAAAAGCUUCUUAACGAGGAAGUUAAUGAUUUUGAACUGCCAGGACUUCCUGUUGGUGGAACUGACAGUGAUAUGACAGAUAAAUCUAAUGAAGAGUCUGAUGAAACGGAUGCUUUGGAUGUUUGUGCACUUUGUGACAAUGGUGGUAAUGUUAUAUGUUGUGAUGGCGUGUGCAUGAGAUCAUUUCAUGCUACCGAGGAAGCUGGUAGAGAAAAUUGUUGUUUUUCUCUUGGUUUUACCCAGAAGGAAGUUGAUGAGAUCCAGAACUUUUAUUGUAAGAAUUGUGAAUAUCGGCAGCACCAAUGCUUUGCAUGCGGCAAACUGGGGUCUUCUGAUAAACUUAACAGUGUAGAGGUUUUUAAAUGUACUUCUGCAACCUGUGACCGUUUUUAUCAUCCACGUUGUGUUGCAAAAUUACUUCCCAAGGUGGUUAAGGAUGCUACAGAGGAAUUUGAGAGAAACAUUGCUGAUGGGAUUCCUUUUACUUGUCCCCUUCAUUAUUGUUGUGUCUGUAAGGGAUUGGAAAAUAUUAUGGAUCCUGAGUUGCAGUUUGCUGUUUGUAGACGUUGUCCAAAGGCAUAUCAUCGUAGAUGUUUGCCAAGAGAAAUUAAUUCUGAAAACAAUGAUAUACCAAGGGCUUGGGAAGGUCUUCUACCAAAGAACCGCAUUCUUAUAUAUUGCUUAAAUCAUGAGAUUGAUCCUGAACUUGGAACUCCUGUAAGAGAUCAUAUAAAAUUCCCCGAAAUGAAAGCCACUGAUCAAAAAAUUGAUACUACUAUUGAGCAGAAAAAGCCUUCAACUAAAAAGAUAGUUAAGUUGAAGAAAAAUAUUCACUCAGAUAACUCAUCUGGCAAAAACACUUCUACAGGAUCUAAACUGAGUGCAAAACUGUUUUCUGGCAAAGUUGGUAGCAAGAAGUCAUCUGAUAAGAGAAUUUCUAGUUCAAAUAUGUCGAAAAAGCCAAACUCAAAAGAAACAUCAAGGUGUUUGACUGAAAAUAAGAUGCCAAUUUUGAAGAAAUUUGAAAUUCCUCACACCGAGCGAACAUAUAACCAGAUUACAGUUGGUAAGGACGAGGGUUCGGAGCAAAUUAAACAGGGCAAUCAGAUAAAUAAAGUGAAUACUAACUUCCCAUCUGUCAUGCCUAGUGGAGAGUUGAGGGUUGAAUUGCCUCCACUGGAUGCUGGUUCGGAAAAGAAUUUGUUGGCUUUAUUUAAAGAAGCUAGUUCAUCCACUAAGUUGGAGAAUGUCUUUGAAAAGCACACUCAUAGUAAUGCGUUGAGAAAUGUUUUGGAGAAGACCAUUACAACAGAGAAAUUGGAAGAUUCAUCUGUUCGAACAGCUUUAAGCAUGCUCAGUGGGGGCAGCAUCGAGGAUGCCAAAGCUGUUUGUGACCCUGAUGUUUUGAAACAGAUAUUUAAGUGGAAGAUCGCAGAUAAACUUCAUUGGUAUGUUCAGAAUGGGGAUACGAUUGUGAACUUGAGAAGUGGUGCUGAUGAUUUUAGCAUCCUUUUGAAGAAAAGGCUUGAGGAGACUGGGAAGAGAUGUUCAUACAGAAACUAUGAUUUACUUCCAACAAAGAAUGAUUUUAGUUUUGAAAGGAAGAAAUGGAUGACUGUCCAACAAACCGAGUUACCCACAGGGUCACAGUUGAUCAUUCGUCUCAGCCCUCCCUUUGGUCAUAAUGCAGCAUUGGCUAACAAGUUUCUAGAUAAGGCCCUUGAGUUUAAACCAAAGCUCCUAAUUCUUACAUUGGCACAAGAGAUACAAAGGCUUGAUAAGAAGCUAUCACGUUAUAAUCUUAUAUGGGAGGAUAGGAAUUUUCUAUCAGACACGUCAAAUGAUCUCCCUGGAUCAGCUGAUGGAAAUGACGGACAAAUGGAUCAAAGGAAUGUAAGGCCACCUGUACUCUCUCUCUGGAGCCGCUCUGACUGGACUACAAAACACAAGGUCAUAGCCCAACAGAAUGCUCAUGUGUGCAGCGAGCAUAAAGUGUCAACGACAGAAAAAUUUAAGUCUAACACGUUGGCUGCUGCUGUUCAUGCUACCGGUGGAAAUUAUGCUGAAAACUCAAAGUUAAAGGAUGACGAUGAAUAUCAAGCAUCUGUAAUUAGUGAUGUUCAGAACGGAAGCUACAGAAGCGCAUGUUAUAAUGUUGACGAACAUAAAAAGGGCAAGCCUGAGAAGUCAGGAAAGAAGAGAAAACAUAUUGGCGAAUCCAACCCAGCCAAAAGGCAGGCUGUAAAUAAAAUGGCUAAUGGAGUACCUGACCACACUCAACUACCAAAUCCAAUCAAGAAGACAGGUUCUUCGGAUUCUGAACUUCGUACAUUCAUUAAAAGUGGCAGUUCUGGACAUAGUGGACGACCCCAACCUGGAUAUGGUGGUGGAUUGAAUGGUUUUGCUGCUGUUCCUAACUAUGUAUAUGCGAGCCAACAUUCCUGUGGUUGGCUCGAAGAGUAGUGUUAUUAUUUUUCUCCUUUUCUUUUGCUCAAUCAUGUCCCAUGCUGUACAUACACUGAUCAAGGGAACAAGUCUCCGAAUAGAUUAAGGUUAACUAACAAUUUUCAACAUUAGGAAACAGGGGUGGCGGGCAUAUUUGUUGAAGUCAUUGUUUAAUUUUUGCAUACUGUUUCAGUCUUUA